AUGAAUAUUUGUAUAUUAAUAAUUAGUGCAUUAUUAUUCGUUCAACUAUCAGAAUGCACGCUGUCACCACCCAAAGACAGAAACAAUAAGAAAAAUAAAGGAAAGAUUGAAAUCAAGAAAGGUCCCAUAGAACAAGAUGUUUUUAGCCGAAUCUUGGUGGUAAAAAAUCCUAAGACGCAUGAUAUUAUUCGAGAAUCAGGAUUUUAUUUCUCUAAUACAACUCGUAGACGAUUUACAGGAGACGUUCUAGGAUAUAUUACACCGUGGAAUAGCAAUGGACUUGAAAUUUCUAAAAUAUUUCAUGAAAAAUUUACUAUGGUAUCGCCAGUAUGGUUGGCAUUUCCAGAAGGUAGUGCAUCAACAUACAAAUUGUCAACUCAUGAUAUUCAGAAAAAAUGGUUAAAGGAGAUGAGAGCAGCAAAUAAUGAGAACCAUAAUUUAUCACCUGCAGUUUUACCAAGAGUGUUAUUUGAACAUUGGUCGAUCAAUGACAUUGUUGGAUUAUACGAUGAUACGGAUAAACAAGUUGCGCUGAUUUCAGCACUUGUAGAUACUGCAAAGAAUUUUCAUUUUGAUGGAUACGUAUUGGAAAUAUGGAAUCAGUUUGUAUUAACAGGUGUAGAUACGCAAAUUGUUGUGUCAUUGAUUCAACUUAUCGCUCAGCAAUUGAAGAACUACAACUUGGAUAUAAUUUUAGCAGUGCCACCUUCAAGAGGCCCAAAUGUUCAAUUAUUUGACAGAGAUCAAUUUGAUCAAUUAUCGUCAUAUAUAAAAGCAUUUUCUUUAAUGACUUAUGACUAUUCGAGCAUUCAAAGACCUGGUCCUAAUAGUCCACUUGAUUGGGCAAGAGAAUGUGUAGAAUUAUUAGUACCUGAAAAAAGUCCUAAAAGGGCUCAAAUAUUGUUAGGUCUUAAUUUUUAUGGGUAUAGUUACACACCUGAAGGUGGCAGAGCCAUCUUAGGUUCAGAUUAUUUGAAAAUUCUUGAAUCCUUCAAAGGAAAAAUUCAGUGGGAUGAUAAUAGCAAAGAACAUUUUUUUGAAUCAAAGUCAUCAGGGGGCAGUGGAAUUAUCUUUUAUCCCACGUUAUAUUCUAUUUUACAUAGAUUAGAUCUUGCAGCAGAGUUGGGUACAGGUAUAUCUAUUUGGGAACUUGGUCAGGGAUUACAUUACUUUUACGAUUUAUUGUGA